AUGGUGAAUUCCGUUCCAAGCUCAAUUAGCAAGCUUCAGAACCUGGAAAGUUUGGAUUUGAAACAUGCCCAAGUCACUGAGUUGCCUGUUGACAUUCUGAAGCUCCAAAAGCUUCGCCACCUGCUAGUGUAUAGCUAUGAAACCGAGUCCGAUGAUCAAAUUCGCAACAAACACGGUUUCAGGGCACCAGCUCAGAUAGGAAAUCUGCUUUCAGUUAGGCAUUCUAAAGUUCCGAAGGAAGAUGGGAGGGAUUUAUGUUCCUCCGUUGAUAAGCUGACGAACCUUCGUGCAUUGUCUGUUACUUCAAUAAUAGAGAGCGAGGUCAUUGAUCUGGAGUACUUAUCUUCUCCUCCUCAAUUUCUUCAGCGACUAUACUUGACAGGACGUUUAGAGAGGUUACCAGCCUGGAUACUCUCACUUGAUAGUUUGGUCAAGUUGGUUUUAAAAUGGAGUCGCUUACGUGAAGAUCCGCUGCUAUUUCUUCAGAAUUUGCCUAAUCUGGUGCACCUUGAAUUUAUACAAGUUUAUAGUGGCGAAGCACUGCAUUUCAGUAAUGAAGGAUUCGGAAAGCUUAAGGUUUUGGGUCUAAACAAAUUAGAACGGCUCAAAUCUAUAACCAUGCAGAAGGGAGCAUUGCCUUCUCUCCAGAAGCUAGUUGUCCAGGGUUGUAAACUACUGCAGAAGGUGCCCUCUGGAAUCAAACACCUCGCUAAGCUCAAAACACUUGAUUUUUUUGACAUGCCGUAUGAUUUUGUCAAGAGGCUACGGCCUGAUGGAACUGCACAGAGAGCGGCCAGGACUUUUCUCCAAAAGCCGGUUGUCCAAUUCAUUAAAAUAUUGCAGAUUCUUCCAUUUGAUGUGCCCAACGAUUUCAUCGGGAGGCUCCAUCCGGAUGGAGAUGGUGAAGAUUAUCAUGAGGUUGGAAAUGUGCCUGAGAUUUACUGCACCUAUCAGAAAAAUGGCAAUUGGGAAAUCUACUUCAAUUAUGCAAGACCAAACAUUCUUUUGAAAAGGCAACCUGAUUGGAAACCAUGA